UGCCCGUCUCCCUGCUCGGCUGUUGCCUCUGGGCUGUUGUUGUGAUGCGGCUGUUGCUCUCUCCCGCAGGCGGGAGUGGGAGAUCCGCCUGCAGGAGACGCUGGGUCCGCACUACGUCCUGCUCUGCUCCGCGGCGCACGGCGUGCUCUACAUGUCCGUCUUCAUCCGGAGGGACCUCAUCUGGUUUUGCUCAGAGGUGGAAUAUGCCACAGUGACAACUCGAAUUGUGUCUCAGAUCAAAACCAAGGGAGCUCUGGGGAUCUGCUUCACGUUUUUUGGGACCUCUUUUCUCUUCAUUACCUCCCAUUUCACAUCUGGGGACAGUAAAGUGAAUGAGAGGAAGAUGGACUACAGUAAAACCAUUCAAGCCCUCGCACUUCCCAAGAAUGUUCCGGACACAAAUCCAUAUCGAUCCAGUUCUAGUGAUGUCACAACUCGGUUUGAUGAAGUGUUCUGGUUUGGUGAUUUCAACUUCCGACUAAACAAGGACCGUGAGGCCGUGGAUUCCAUCCUGAAGCAGAACCUGAAAAAGGACAUGUCCAAACUACUGGAGUAUGACCAGCUUAUUAGUGAAAUGAGUAGGGGGUCUAUUUUCAAAGGAUUCCAAGAAGCUGACAUUCAUUUCCGUCCUUCCUACAAGUUUGACAUAGGAAAGGACAGCUACGACACCACUUCCAAACAAAGGACUCCUUCUUACACGGAUCGAGUCGUGUACCGGAGUCGGCACAAGGACGACAUCCAUGCUGUCAAGUACUCGUCCUGUCCCGGGAUCAGAACGUCGGACCAUCGGCCUGUGUUUGCCCUGUUCCGUGUGAAAGUGAGGCCUGGCAGAGACAACAUUCCCCUUGCCGCGGGGCAGUUUGACAGAGAGCUCUAUUUAAUCGGAAUAAAGAGACGGAUUACAAGGGAACUUAAGAAACGGCAAGAGCAAAAGGACCAAAAAUCCAGCAGCGUGUGUAGCAUUUCCUGAGCCGAGGCCUCUGCAACCCUUGGGCUAGAGGUGCCCUGAAAGAGGAUUUCGGGCCACGACCGAGUCUGCAGGGAAUUGUUGUCUGGUUAAGCACCUCUGGCAGUUGCUGUGGCUUGUGGAGAAUGUCCUAAACCUCACCCUGGAUUCAUCUGCAUGAGCUAAUCCACGCAGCUCAAGCGCUUUUGCUGAAGAAAAGAGUGGGUUAUUUAGGACAUCCAC